AUGAAGCUUGAUACUUCCCAUAUGCGGUAUUUGACCGCUGAAGACUUUAAAGUACUUCAAGCGAUUGAACAAGGUUCUCGUAACCACGAGUUGGUUCCUACACAGAUGAUCCAUUCCAUCGGUGGAUUGAAGUCACCAUCGGGUACGAAUAAAGCAAUUGGGGACUUGGCCAAAUUAAAAUUAGUGGCAAGAUUGAGAAAUGCUAAAUAUGAUGGGUUUAGACUUACUUAUAAUGGGUUCGAUUACUUAGCGUUGAAAUCGAUGUUGAAUAAAAAUACGCUAUACUCGGUUGGUAGCAUUAUCGGAGUGGGUAAAGAAUCAGAUAUUUAUUCAGUGAGUGAUCCAGAUGGGCAACAGAAAGUGUUGAAAAUCCAUAGGUUGGGAAGAACUUCAUUUACUACUGUGAAGAAUAACCGUGAUUAUUUAAGAAAUAGACAGACAUCAAACUGGAUGUAUUUAUCACAUUUAGCUGCCCACAAGGAGUAUGAGUUCAUGGUUAUAUUAUACAAUAAUGGGUUUUCAGUUCCAGAGCCUUUCGAUUAUUCUAGACACACUGUAAUGAUGGAAUGGAUCAGAGGUAUACCAAUGAAGCAUUUACGUAAACAUGAUAAUUUCAAAAAAUUGUAUUGUGAAUUAAUGAACUUCAUUGUAAAACUUGCUAACCACGGGUUAAUUCAUUGUGAUUUCAAUGAAUUCAAUAUCAUUAUUCGUGACAAAGAGGAUGUUUCUAAACAUGAAUUUGACUUUGUUGUUAUCGAUUUCCCGCAAUGUGUCUCUAUUGACCAUACAGAUGCGAAAGUCUAUUUUGAUAGAGAUGUUGCAAGUAUUAGAUCGUUCUUUCAGAAGAAAUUUAGAUACGAUCCAGAACACGAUCCUACAAUGUUUGACACAGAAGGCUAUGGUGAUGGAUACAAAUACGCUUAUCCAAAUUUCAAGAGAGAUGUUUCUAGGGUAAAGAGUUUGGAUGUCGAAGUUCAAGCCUCGGGAUAUGCCAGAAAGAGAACGGGAAAUAGAGAAGACAAGGAUUUGGAAGCAGCAGUUCUGGGUAUGAGGGUCAAUGUGGAGGAUGAUGAAGAGGAUGAUCGUUCUGAAAUAGACUCUGACUAUGAAGAUGACGACGAGGAAGAAGAAGACGAAGAAGAAGAUAGCAUAGACGAAUACGAUAGUGAAGACGAAUUCAAAGACGAUCAUGAGGAGAAUGAACAAAUUAUUGAGGCAUUAUCGAGCGGUGUAAAACAAUUGAAAAUGGACAAGUUGGGAAACUAUAUCUUAGACGAAUAA